GAACCGGCGAUUUGAUGGUAUAAAUCCGUCGGAACAAUCGUCCAGUCAGCACAUUCUGUCGAGUGGCGUUCGAUUGUAAGGGUAGAACUAGCUAAACAGCAGCAGCAGCAGCAGUAGAAGAUGCGCGCUUUCAGUGUUGCCUUUGUGUGUGUGGCCCUGGCGGCUGUAGCUCUGGCCGAAGCUCCCCUGCCCGGCGGUAAUGGAGGCUGGGGUGGAAAUGGCGGUGGCAACGGUGGCUACAGCAACGGUGGUGGCGGUAACGGCGGCAACGGAGGAUACGGCAACGGAGGUGGGGGAAUCGGCGGCGGUAACGGCGGCGGUUCUGGACCACUGCUCCAGAAACCGACCGGUCCCCAAACGAUGGAAGGUUUGAUGGUCGACCCUCAGCUGCUGGAACAGGUGAAGAUGGUUUUGCUGCAGCACGAAACGGAAUCCGCCUCGGCCAACGGAGGCUCGAACGGUGGUGCCAGCACGUCGUACGGUCCACCGCGCAACACGGACCGCAUCGUUGGUCUGAUGCUGGAGCAGCCCGUCCAGAGCAUCCAGCUGGCCGAGUACUGGCAGGGUGAUCAGCCUCAGCAGCCACCCAGCGGUUCUUACGGACCUCCACGCCACUAGGCGGGAAGAUCUUUGGGCGAGAAAGAAGCAAAACAGUAGAAAAUUAAAAGCAGCGCAAAAAAAUUGAAAAAUAAAUAGAAAAUUUGUCACCGUUAAAAAAAAAA